AUGUUUCCUUCACGUAGACCGCAGCCCCUGAGCCUCAUGUUCCUUUUGGGGAUGGGGAUGGCAUCAGAGAGGAUCAGCUGCCCAAGCAGGUGUAGCUGUCAGUACCUGGAAGUGAACUGCACCGGGCAGCAGCUGCAGGAGUUCCCUGCAGCCAUCCCACUGGACACCAGGCAGCUGAUUCUGGCAGCAAACAAUGUCUCGUACCUGCCAGCAGUGGAAUUGAGCUUCCUGGUGGAUUUGGUCUAUCUGGACUGCAGGAAGAACCUUUUGGGGGAUGACCUGGAUUUCACUUUCAUUGGUGUGGCCAAGCUUGUCUAUCUGGACCUCAGCUUCAACAACCUCACACAGAUCACCUUCAGCACCUUCUCACACCUCCUCAGCCUGGUGGUGCUGAAGAUCUCAGACAAUGCCAACCUUGUGGCCAUCGAGAAGGAUGCUUUCGCCAACAAUACCUGGCUGAGGCACCUGGAUGUGAGCCGGACAGGCUUAACAUUCCUGGACACCAGCACUGUCCAGGACCUGCCCAACCUGAGGUUUCUGGGGCUCAGUGACAACCCGUGGCACUGCAACUGUUCCUUUUUGGACUUCAUCACGUGGAUGGCAGAGAGCAACGUUCAUUUUCCAGAUGCUGACAACAUCACCUGCUACACCCCAGAAGGCCUGCGUGCCCUGAAAAUGCCCGCAGCGGAGGCGCAGCUCCACUUCAGCUGCCUGACCCAGCUGUACAAGCAAGACUACAUCUUUGUCUGUCUUAUUGGCUUCUGCAUGUUCUUUGCUGGCACCAUGGCGGCCUGGCUGGCUGGUGUCUGUGCUGUCAUCUACGAAGUCCACACUCCAAAGGGAGAGGAGGAGGAGGAAGAGGAGGAAGACAGAGUCACUUAG